UCUUAUCCUUUUUAUUAUCUUCAAAAAAAAUUCAAAAGAAGAAAAUACAGUGACACUCUUUGAAGAAGAAGAAGAAGAAGAAGAAGCCAUGUCUUGUGCUUCAUUUUCACUUUCGUUUCUUCACAACGCUUGUGGUGAUAGCAAGAAGAUUGAUUUUCAAUUUCGUCCCAAAUUGGUAACACCAAUUAGGGUUCUUACGGUUGAAGCUAAGGCCAAAACAAGAAGGGAGGACAGAACUGCUCGACAUAUUCGUAUUCGCAAGAAGGUUGAAGGGACACCUGAAAGACCAAGAAUGUGUGUCUUCCGUUCCAACAAACAUAUUUAUGUUCAAGUUAUUGAUGACUCCAAGAUGCACACACUGGCUUCAGCUUCAACGAUGCAGAAACCAAUCUCUGAGGAAUUUGACUACUCUGCUGGUCCCACUGCAGAAGUGGCAAAGAAAGUAGGGGAAGUCAUAGCUAAGGCAUGUCUAGAGAAAGGGAUCACGAAAGUAGCCUUUGAUCGCGGAGGUUAUCCUUACCACGGAAGGAUAGAAGCUCUUGCUGAUGCUGCACGAGAACACGGCCUUCAGUUUUAGAAAGCGGUUUUCGUUGUUCCUAUUUUUUGUUGUGCAAAUGUCCUUUUCCAAUCUUCCUAUUUGUUCCAGUUUGUAAAACUCAUGACUAACAAGAGAGAUGAACUGGAGUUUUAAAUGUAUGAUCUGCAAUUUUUGUCUUAGAUGAGAACUUUAUUUCUUUUGUA